CUCCUCCCCAGGGCCGGCUGCUCUCGCCCGCAGCCAGCCCGCUGGCGCUCUGACAGGCUGGAGUCAUCCGUGUCCGUGAGAACAUCCUGUUCCCGUCGGCCGGGCAGAGCCGGAGCGCGCCGUGCCAGGCCCAGCACUGCCCGCGGGGAUGGGGACAGCGUCCCGCCUGCUCCUCCUUCUCCACAACCUGCUGCUGCUGCUGCCGCCCGGCGCCUUCGGAUUCGCUUCCUCCCUGGACAGCGACUUCACCUUCACGCUGCCCGCCGGCCGCAAGGAGUGCUUCUUCCAGCCCAUGCGGCACGGGGCCUCGCUGGAGGUCGAGUACCAGGUUUUAGACGGAGCAGGAUUAGAUGUUGACUUUUACUUGGAAUCUCCAAAAGGUGAAAUCCUAGUUUUUCAUCAGAGAAAAUCAGAUGGAGUCCACACGGUGGAAACAGAAGAUGGAGAUUACAUGUUCUGCUUUGACAACACAUUCAGCACCAUUUCAGAGAAGGUGAUUUUCUUUGAAUUGAUCCUAGAUAAUAUGGGAGAAGGAGAACUAGAGGACUGGAAGAAGUACAUUACAGGCACAGACCUGUUGGAUAUGAAACUUGAAGAUAUUCUGGAAUCCAUCAACAAUGUCAAAGCCAGGUUAAGCAAAAGCCUCCAGAUUCAGACGCUGCUCAGAGCAUUUGAAGCUCGUGAUCGAAAUAUACAAGAAAGCAACUUUGACACCGUGAAUUUUUGGUCCAUGGUCAACUUGGGAGUCAUGGUGGUGGUUUCAGCUGUUCAGGUUUACAUGCUGAAAAGUCUUUUUGAAGAUAAGAGGAAAAGUAGAACUUAACAGCUAGUGUGAUCAUAGCAAUAACCAGAGAGGAGGGGAAAAUGGAAUAAACUGCUACAGCAAAAGAGACAUAUUACCUUGCCACUUGUUUUGAAUAGACAUCAUAAUCAGGUUCUUGAUUCACAUGUUACUAGCAUGAACAGAAUACCUUUCCCCUGUCCUUCCAUCUCUGCAAGCGUUACUAACAGUCUUACUGGUGUGUCUAUUUGUUGGUUUGUUGCAUUUGUAAUGACGCUUACUAGAUUAUGCAUAACACAGAAUGGUGUAUCAAAUGCAAGCCAAUGUUAAUACCUGCCAUAUAGUCAUCUUUUCAUGGUCACUUAAACCUUUUUAUGUCUGCCUAAAUAAUUUGGGCGUUUUUUUUACAAUUUUUUAAAUAAGCAUUGAGAAAAGUUACAGAUGUGCCAAAGGAUUGAGGCCCACCUAUGUAGGCUAUAGCUAUUGUCAGUUCUCUAUAAAUGUAAAUGUAUAAAAUUUCCUUGAGUCUUUAUUGUACAGCAUAAUACAGAAACACUGGGUUAACAUUUGUGAAGUGGUUAAAAUGAGAAGUUAUUUUUUCACUUUUAUAUAAAUCAGCACUUUAAAGAGACAGUUAAUGUAAAAUUUAGUCAAUUUAUAAACUAAUUAAAAGAAGCAUCAGGCACUAUACCGGUCCAAGUCCUCCUGCCAGUUGUUGUGAUUGUACAAUCCCAUUUUCCUGUUUAGUUGGUUGUUGCUGUGUGAAAGGUCCACUGGAAAAGUGAAAUUGACCACACAAAGUACAGUCAGAUGCACAAAAUAAAAUGGAAUUAUUUAAUCUUUAGUUAUUGUAAUCUUGGAUAUCAUAACAGUAGAUACAUUCAGACAGAAGUGAGUUUUUUUCCAGAUGAUGGUCUUCCUUUAAUAGUUUUUAGGUAAAAUUGUUUGGAAACAUUAACUUGACAUUAAAUUUUUAUAGACUUCCAGAAUUCUUUCUAUAUUACUAAUUUUGCUAAGAUGUUUUGCUCUUUGAGGUCAAGCAGGGUUAUGCCACAAUUUGUAGCAGUUCACGAACUUCAGAGCUAAAGUUGUUUAGCUAAACCCUCCCCACAACAAAACCCCAACAAAUCCGUCAUCACGUAACUAUUUCCAUUCUACUCCUAUGAGCUCUCCUAUUAAAUUAAUGGGACUACUUGCAUUUAAAAACAAACAAACUGGAGUUGGCCCUAAAUUUUGAGAUUUAUUUGCAGUAUGAACUGAUUGAGCAUUACCUUGCAUAAUCAUAGAAGCAGUUUGCUAUCUUUCUCAAUAAAAAGGCAGAUGGCUUGCAUCAAACCUACCAUUUCUUUCUGCCGAGGGAGUAGAAAAAUACAGGUCUCAUCUGUGCAUUUGUCUCCUUUUGUUAUAACCUUAGUAUUUUAGAGUGCAGUUUUUAAGUAUUUUGUAAUCAGCCUAGAUUCAAGCCAAGUGCCAAGCCCGUAGAAGUGCCCAUAGAAAUUGUAUUAGCUCUGAAAGUCCCUGUUAAGACUGCUAGGGCUGUACCACUGUUCACAUCAGCUGUCUUUAAAAAAGAUUUAAAACAUUUGUAAACUAGGUAAACAAGUGUACUGCCUGUAUUUGAACUUGGUGUUAAGAAUUGAAACACUACAACUAGACUGUCUGCUUUGUGAGCACAUCGGUCUGAAGGUCAUUAUGCUGGAGGGCCCAGCAUUAUCCCCCGAGAAGAGGAUGGGAAAACAUUUUUCAGUGCACUGACUCAUUAAAAUGCAGUCAUUGUGGCAUAGGUGCAUUGGCCAUUUUUCUCUAGCAGGGGCUAUCAGAGAUUACACUUUAGUUUCAAUUUCAGAUGUAUGAAUGAAGCCUAGCAAUAACCCUUUUAAAUUAUUGCUUUUAAGAAAAAAAGAUUUUAAAAGGUGCUGCUGACUGUAUGACUUCAGGGGCUGCUGUACCUGCCCUCUAUUAGUCUGGGUACAUAAUAUAGUAAAAUCUCAUUCGAUGGGCAAGUUAGUGAUAGAAAGGUCUAAGGGAGGUGUCAAUUGAUCUGUAAAAAUUUGCAGAAUCAUAAUUUCAAGGUGCUACCCUCCGUGGUGUGGCAGGGAGGAUUCAUUGUUCGUCCCCUCCCAGCUCCUCCGAUUGGUGGACAUUUUGAUCAUAGUGUCAUUGGAAAUGGGUCAAGUUGGGAAUCACUUUACAGCAGUUAUGUGAAAUACCAUGCGCUUCCAAAUCAAUCCUGCAGCUCAUCAAAUGCUUGUGUGCAAAGACCGGAUGCUCACCAUCUGCAAAUGUUUGGCCAGCAGCCUGCCUUGUACAGAGACGUGUGGGAGUGGCACAGACAAGGAUCAGUGUGACAUGUCUAGCAGUACUGUCCUAGACUGAGACAACACUGAUGGUGACUUUGAGGAAUAAAUGUUUUCAGUUAUAAGUGUCAAGGCUAGAUUCUUUAGGAUUACCGAAAAUCAAUCUCUACUUAAGCAAUGCAUCCCUGUGUUAAAGCAUAAAUUUAAAAAAAUUGAUUUUUUAAAAACAUUUUCUCACAUAUAUAUAUACAUAAUUGUUCUAGGUUUGUCAUGUUGAUACCAUUGUGUUCGUGAGAGAAAGGGCUUUCAAACAAUACCCAACCCGUAAUCCAUUUCAAAUGACUUGGUAUUAUUAAAAUUCCACCAAGUGUGGGGGUGUAUCAAGUCCUUCCUGCCAUGUUGCAGAGGGUGACACCAUUGAACUUACGAGCCUGGAGAUUUUUACAAAUUGAAUUACACCAUCCUUACCUUCCUAUCAUUAACUUGUCCACAGAAUUACACAUACUCCUAUACAGAAUUGGAGACAUCUGGUUCUCACCCUUUCCAGACUACUAUACUCCCGAAGCCCAAGCCCUGCCACCCCAGGCUGAAACAUGUAACUUAGCUGUGUGAGGCCCUGGGCAAGUGCCCUGCUUGCCACCCCUUAACGUCAGCCCUGCACUUGCAACUCCCCUAAGCCUAUGCUAUGAUCCCAGGUUGAGAAAUGGAUGUAGAUGAGUUAACAUAUCCCCAGAAGAUCUCUGCGUACUCCCAGGGGUACAUGUAUCCCUGGUUGGGAACCAUGGGAUACAUCAUUCUUCUGGGUAGGACUCCCUUCAGAACAAGUUACCUCUUCUCCCUUAAUUGAUGAGUGGGGCAGUGGUGAGCAGCAUGGGGUAUUCCAUUUCUCCAGGGACUUAAUGCCCUAUACCUAAAGUAGUUGCAGAGCAGGGACAAGUGGUAAAAAGAUCUAUAGGCCUGAUCCAAAGCUCAUUGAAGGCGUUCAGUGGAAUGGCUCCCGCUGACUUCAGUAGGCUUUGGCUCAGGCUUUUUUGAGUACAGGCAGACCCCCAUUUCUAGAGCUCUGUCCUUUUAAUAGAAGACAAGUGAUUCAGCCUUAAAUGUAGUACCACAAAUGUGAUGCUAUACCACAGCUGUGAAAUGCUGCAUUCUUUCCAUGAAGCUGUGACUAAAAAGUCUACCUCUGAUGUUGGGCUACUGUAUUCUUGCUCUUAGCUCGGUUAUUAGAACAACCCUUACUACUGUAACUUCUUCUCCAUAACAAAAAGUUUUAAACAGAGGAUAUACUAUAGAUGCAGCUGUAUGAGAUUUUGUCAACUGAAAAAUAUUUAUCAGUGGCCAUCAUGGGUGAAGGAUAUGGUGUUCAAACUUAGACUCAAUAAAUGAUGUUUUUAAUGGGAUAUUGGAGUAAAUUGUUCUUGUGUUUUGUAUAAAAGGUACAAAUCAAAUAUUAACUGAAAUAAGGAAAACAAAUCUAGUGUGUAAGAUGAACUGUUUUUAUUCUGUGCUAAGUAAUAAAUGGUUAAGGUCUGUGGAUGUUGAAUAAAAUUAUAUGCCAGAAGCAGAGAUUUUACAAUAAAUAAGAAGGCUAAA